GCUGGUAUCAAUCCAAAAAAAAAAAACACACACACACACACACACACAGAUUUUCAUUGAAGUUAUCCAGGAAAUGUCAUCUUCAACUGAAGUGGAGCAAAAAGAUGAUCACUUUGAAGAGCUCUUCCAGAGGUUGCAACCAAAGAAGCCUGUAGCAGGGAGCCUGCUGGCUAAUUACCAAGGCGUUUGGUUUGGUGCAGAUUUACUUCAAGCUACAUUAACCUUUCAAAAGCACUUCAAAGCCAUUGACUCAGACAUUAUUUUGGCCACCAUGCCGAAAUCAGGAACCACAUGGCUUAAAGCCCUCACCUUCAGUAUUGUUAACCGUAACAAUCAUUCAGUUGAUGAGAGCCCUUUGCUCUUCUCCAACCCUCAUCAUCUGGUCCCUUUUCUCGAGAUGUAUCUGUACAAAGAUGGUAAUAUUCCUGAUAUAGAUGCUAUGCCAUGCCCGCGAAUCCUUGCGACUCACCUACCUUAUCAAUUCCUUCCAAGCACCAUUUUGGAUUGUUCCAACUGUCGAAUCAUCUACCUUUGCCGAAACCCUUUGGAUGUAUUCACCUCUAUCCUGCACUUUGUGCGGCAAAAUCGUUCUGCAUCAAGGCCAUUGGAGUCUGUUGAUGUACCUUUUGAAACAUUUUGUCAGGGUAUAUACCCUUAUGGUCCAUUCUGGGACCAUUGUUUGGGAUAUUGGAAUGCAAGCUUGAAGGACCCUCAGAAAGUGUUGUUUUUGAAGUAUGAGGAUUUUAAGAAAAAUAUCACUUGCUCCGUGAAGAAGAUAGCUGACUUUUUAGGUCAUCCAUUUUCAGCUGAGGAAGAGGAAGCAGGUUUGGUUGAAGAGAUAGCAAUGCUUUGUAGCUUCGAAAAUCUUCAGAAUUUGAACUGUAACAAGGAGGGGGAGAUACAAACUGUUUUUAGAGCUAAGCAUAGUUCCUUUUUCAGGAAAGGAGAAGUCGGUGAUUGGGUGAAUUUGGUACCACCAUCCAUGGCCAACCGACUCGAAAAACUGAUGCAAGAAAAGUUUGGUGAAUCAGGGUUGACACUGGAUAUCCAUGGCAAUUCUGUCGGCCGAAGAUGAAUGUUGGAUGGGACGGAUCCAUGUUUCAACAGUUUUUCCUCAAAAAACAAAGAAAACAAAAUAAAAGGCCUAAUUCAGUUACGUUCAAAUUGUUUGUUGCUUAUUGUUGUGUAAGUGUGUGUUUGUAUUAAUUACUUUUCAUUAAGUUAUUGUAAG